AUGGAAGCUGAAGCCAGUUUCUCCGCAAUUGCUCCGGCAGUGUUCGACAGAGAUAACUACCAGAUUUGGGCAGUACGUAUGGAGACAUACUUGGAAGCUUUAGAUCUUUGGGAAGCAGUGGAAGAAGACUAUGAAAUUCCUGCACUUCCAAACAAUCCCACCAUGGCACAGAUUAAAGCACAGAAAGAAAAGAAGACAAAGAAAUCAAAAGCAAAGGCCUGCUUGUUUGCUGUAGUCUCAUCCAUCAUCUUCACUCAUAUCAUGUCUCUGAAGUCAGCAAAAGAGAUAUGGGAUUAUCUCAAGAAUGAAUAUGAAGGAGAUGAAAGAAUUAAAGGGAUGCAAAUCCUUAACUUGAUUAGGGAAUUUGAACUUCAAAGAAUGAAGGACUCCGAGACGAUCAAAGAUUACUCCGAUAAGUUUUUGAGUAUCGCAAAUAAAGUAAGGCUUCUUGGAUCUGAAUUUACUGACUCAAAAAUUGUAGAAAAAAUUCUUGUUACAGUUCCUGAAAGAUAUGAAGCAACCAUCACUGCCUUGGAGAAUACAAAGGAUUUGUCAAAAAUUUCCUUAACAGAAUUGCUUAAUGCUUUGCAAGCACAAGAACAAAGAAGACUGAUGAGGGAAGAUACAACAAUUGAAGGAGCUUUGGCAGUCAAGCAUCAAAAUGUGGCCAAAAGCAAAAGAAAGAAGAAAAAGGAUUUUGAAGGAAAUGGGGCAAGUACUGCAUCAACCAAUGCAAAAGAAAAAAAUAAAAAUCAAAAGAAAUCCUAUUCACCUUGCCAACAUUAUGGAAAGAAGGGUCAUCCUCCAUUUAGAUGCUGGAGAAGACCUGAUGCUAAAUGCACUAAAUAUGCAAAGAUUGCUGAUCAAGAGGAGGAAGAUCACCUGUUCGUAGCUACAUGUUUCUCUGGCAUCGAAUCAAGUAAAAAUUGGCUUAUAGAUAGUGGUUGUACUAACCACAUGACACAUGACAAGGAUCUAUUCAGGGAACUAAGCAACGCAAACUCAUCGAAAGUUUGA